AUGAAGGAACUCCGAGCGCCACUGGACUGUCUACUGAAGAAAGACGCUGCUUGGAAGUGGACUGCCGAUUGUCAAAAGUCGUUCGAUCGGUUCAAAUCCAUUCUGGUCUCCAAUCUCUUGCUGACACACUUUGAUCCUAACAAGGAAAUGAUCGUGGCUGGAGACGCUUCCAAGAAUGGGCUGGGCGCCGUCAUUCUACACCUUUUCUCCGACGGGUCUGUCAAGGCUAUCGCUCAUGCUUCAAGGUCACUCACUCCUGCGGAAGAAAAUUAUGGUCAAAUUGAAAAGGAAGCGCUCGCGUUGGUGUUUGCAGUAACACGCUUCCACAAAAUGAUUUUCGGUCGCAAAUUCGUACUGCAAACUGACCACAAGCCACUCCUCAAGAUUUUUGGCAGCAAAAAAGGAAUCCCCGUCUACACAGCCAAUCGACUUCAGCGUUGGGCACUAACGAUGUUACUUUACGACUUUGAUAUCCAGUUCAUCCCAACAGCAAGUUUUGGACACGCUGACUUGUUAUCACGUCUAAUGAGCAGCCACAACAAGCCUGACGAGGAGUACGUGAUCGCUGCUCUCCAAACGGAAACCGACGUAAAGUCAAUUCUCGAAGAUUCCAUCUCCAACUUACCUGUCACGUCAGAAAUGAUCGCCAAGGCAACUCAAGACGACCCAGUGCUUCAAGAGGUUAUCACCUUCAUCAGCAAUGGCUGGCCUAACAGAGCAAGCGAUAUCCGCACUCCAGCUGUUCAUCCGUUUUUCUCAAGACGCGAGGGUCUUCAAGUUAGCCAGGACUGCGUGAUGUUCUGCGAUCGAGUCGUGGUCCCUGAACGGUUCCGCAAACGCAUCAUCCGACAACUCCACCGUGGACACCCUGGAAUCGAUAGGAUGAAGUCACUCGCUAGAAGCUCCGUAUACUGGCCCAACAUCGACGAUGACGUUGAAUCGUUCGUGCGUCAAUGUUGUUCCUGUGCCACUGCUGCGAAAUCACCUCGCAAAACUACUCUUGCGUCCUGGCCGAUACCAACAAAACCGUGGGACAGAGUUCAUAUCGACUACGCUGGUCCAGUUGAUGGUUACUACUACCUUGUGGUGGUUGACGCCUAUUCAAAGUGGCCAGAAAUCUUCAGAACGCGAACCACAACAACCACGGUGACGCUGGAGAUUCUACAAGAAACAAUCGCAAGAUAUGGCAACCCGCAUAGUCUUGUGUCCGAUAACGGUACCCAGUUCGUUAGUAGCCGUUUCAAGCAAUUCUGCAAAGAAAAUGGCAUCCAGCACCUGACGACAGCCCCGUACCAUCCCCAAUCCAACGGACAAGCCGAACGUUUCGUUGAUACUCUCAAAAGAGGACUGAAGAAACUUGUCGAAGGGGAGAAGGCAGUAAUGUUCCAGGAUCUGCAGACGUUUCUAUCGGUUUACCGAUCAACACCAAACAGAAGCAUAGAUGGUAAGACGCCAGCUCAUCUAUUUCUAGGUCGACCGCUACGAACGACACUGGAUCUGCUGAAGCCGUUUCCUCCAAGUCCAACGCUGGUCAACGAAAAGCAAAAUUCCCAGUUCAACAGACGACACGGUGCGAUGAAACGAACCUUUGAUGCUGAAGAAAUGGUCUUUGCCCAGGUUCAUUAUCGUAACACAACAGAGUGGGUUCCAGGUCAAAUCAUCGAGCGCAAGGGUAACGUAAACUACACAGUGUUGCUCGAGAACGGACGACUCAUUCGAGCACACACAAACCAACUUCGACAACGAUAUGGAAGCGAUGCCGAUGCUGAUUCUACACCUCAAAAUCAACUUUCUUUUGCAUUGCUGAUCGAUGAAUUCAAUCUUCAAGAUAUGAAACCUCCGGGUCCAGUAGUUCCUCCAAAAGAAGAUGAGCAACCGAUUCCUGAUGAUGAGCCGAUGCCUUUCGAUGAUGAACAAGAAGUUGUUGAAGACGACGUUAACGACGAUGAAUCUGAUGUUCCUAUUGAAGACUCUCCACAACCCGUCAGGCCAGAAGGAAGACUUCGUAGGCUCCCAGCAUGGCUUGCACCGUACGAUAUUUUCUAA